AUUCUCCGUUCUCUUCUCCUAAAUUCCAUCCAAACUACUCUAAACUUCAAUCAAAGUUUCAACUUCUCCUUAUUGCUUUUAAGAAAAGAGAAAAAGAAAAAUGUCUUCUUCUUCCCAUUUCAUAUUAUCACUUUUUGUAUUGAUUUCUUUCAUCAAUGUGUGUUUUGCUUCAAGAAAGCUUAGCGCUUUAGUGCAAGACCCACAAAUGCAGCUCUUGGAGUACCACAAAGGUGCACUUCUAUCAGGCAAAAUCUCUGUUAAUCUGAUUUGGUAUGGUAAAUUCAAGCCAUCUCAAAGAGCUAUUGUAUCUGAUUUCAUCACCUCUCUUUCUUCUUCAACUCCAUCUAAAACCAAUCCUUCUGUAGCACAAUGGUGGCAAACCACUGAAAAAUACUACCAUCUCGCUAAUUCUAACAACACCCUUUCUCUUAAUUUGAGCAAACAAGUUCUUAUCGAAAAUUAUCCCCUAGGAAAAUCACUGACCCAAAAGCAAAUCGUGCAAUUGGCAUCAAAGGGUGAACAGAGAGACGCCAUUAAUGUUGUAUUGACCGCCUCUGAUGUUGCUGUUGAUGGGUUCUGUGUCAAUCGGUGUGGAACUCAUGGAUCUUCUAAAGGUGCUGUUAUUAAGGGCAAAACUUACAAAUUUGCUUAUAUUUGGGUCGGUAACUCAGAGACUCUGUGUCCUGGUUACUGCGCCUGGCCAUUCCACCAGCCCAUCUACGGACCACAAAGCCCACCAUUGGGUGCACCAAACAACGAUGUGGGUGUUGACGGUAUGGUGAUCAACUUAGCUAGCUUAUUAGCUGGAACCGCCACAAACCCAUUUGGAAACGGUUACUACCAGGGCGAAGCAGAUGCGCCAUUGGAAGCUGCAUCUGCUUGCCCCGGUGUCUACGCGAAGGGCGCUUACCCAGGCUAUGCUGGAGAUUUAUUGGUGGAUAAAACAACAGGUGCAAGCUACAAUGCACAUGGUACAAACGGAAGGAAAUACUUGGUUCCUGCUUUGUAUGAUCCUGCUACAUCUUCAUGCUCCACUUUGGUCUAGAGAGACAACUAAUAUUUUACGUAAUAGGAUACUUAUAAUAUAGUUGAGCAUAGAGUUGUAAGAUACAAUUUGUUGAUUCAUUCAUUUGUUUCAGAUAUAAUAAUAUACUAUUUAUAAUUAUUUUGCUA